AAUACGGGAGCGAUCACGCGCUGGGAUUGGUGGGCGGGAGCAGCGCGGGAUUUGCUCGGUUGUGUGAGGGCCGGGAGGGGCCGGAGCGAUGGCGGCGGCGUCCGGAGAGGAGUCGUUCCCCUGCUGCACCAUGGGGUCCCUCCUGGAGACACUUCUCCAUGAACUUCUCCAAGAAAAGGAAUUUCAGUUCCCGAAGUUUGACCUGAUGGAGGAGGAGACCAUGAGGAAGAUGAAGAUGCCCUGGCAGCCCCAGGCAGGAGCCAGAGAGGACAAAUCCCCACUGCAGAACCUCGUGGAAGAGGCUGUUUUGAGAGGCUUGACAGUGCAGGAAUUCACUGGGGACAAAAAGCCCCGGAGAUCCCACAUGAAGAGGGGCUGCAAACCCAGCCCAGGAAGCCGUGAGGGGGAAAGACCCACCCUGUGCUGGGAAAGCAGCCGGAGAUCCAGAUGCAGCUUGGAGCCGGUGGUUCCUGAGCACCUUCAUGGCAGGGAGAAGCCCUACAAGUGCUUGGAAUGUGGGAAGAGCUUCAGGCAGUGCUCCAGCCUCCUCACCCACCUUUGCAUGCACCUGGCUGGGACCCGCUUUGAGCAGGGCCAGAUUUGAGCCAGAAUAUUGGGAGUCCCAGAGCCAGCCUGGUGAGUGCACCCAGCACAUCCCCCACUGACCCGGAGCUGCUGCAAGUCCAGAACAGUCAGAGCAGGGCUGAGCUGGGGGAGCUAGGGGCUGGGGGGAUCCACAGCAAGAGAGGUUAUUUGUGGGGCUGGCAUGAGAGUUGUCCUCCUGCUCCUCACCAUCCUGUGCUUCCCAGAGCCCAGUCACUCCCAGUAUGAUCCCUGUUGCCCUCAGCAUGGCUCCAACUGCUCCCUGUUGCUCCCAGGGUGAUACCAGUGGCCUCCAGUAUAGUCGCAGUCACUCCCUGUAUGAUCCCAGUCUCUUCCACCAGGGUCCCAGUCAUGCCCAGUUGCCCUCAGUGUAGACCCAGUCACUCCCACUUGCUCCCAGUUGCCUCCAGCAUGGUCCCUGUUGUCUCCAGCAUGGUCCCUGUUGUUCCCAGUGUGGUCUCUGUCACUCCCAAUAGGGUUACAGACACUCCCAGUAUAUCUCAGUUGCCCUCAGCAUGCUCGGAGUCUUUCCCAGUCACUCCCAGUAUGAUCUCCGUAUGAUCCCAGGAGAGCCCAGUCACUUGCAGUAGGAGCUCAUGGAGCAAAGCUCAUGGAACGCCUGGAGGACCCAGCCAGAGGAGAGUCCCUCCAAGUUCUCUGGCUGCAGGAAGAGCCCCAAGGAGCAGAGGUCCCCCCAGAGCCACCACCCCAAGUAGGAGGUGGUGACAGCUCUGCAGCCUGGUGCUCAGGACCACCAGGGGGGUCUCCAGAUGGACCCCCGAGCAAGUGGCUCACACAGCCCCUCCUCCUGUGCCCAAAACCCCACCCUUGGCAUCCCUCAUCUCUCCCUGCAGUCCCCUCUCCAACAUCUGCAGGCCUCUGGGAAGAGCCCAAAGGGAUGGAAGUGCCUAAAACACUGAUGAAGUGCCUGAGUUGCUCCCAGCUGUGGAUGUUGCGGUGCACAGACCUCCCCUGGAUUUCCCAUUGCCAAACCUUGGCCCGAUGCAGGAAGAGGAGGAGGCUGCGAGGAAGAGGAAGAUGGCCUGGGAGCCCCAGGCAGACCAGGAGCUGAGGAUGGGGACCAGGGAGGACAAAUCCCCACUAGAGAACCAGAAGAGGCUGUUCUGAGGAGCUCCAUGGCACAGGAACCCAACGGGGAGGAAAAGCCCCGGACAUCCGGCACAUGGAGAGGUUGCAGACACAGAUCAUGGGGAUCUGAGGGGGAAAGACCCACCCGAGGCUUGGGAGGCGGCUGGAGCUCAGAGCUGGGAGCAACUUCAUGAUGAGGAAAAGCUCCAUGAGCGCUUGGAAUGUGGGAAGAGCUUCAGCCAGAGCUUCAAUCUCCUCACCCACCUUUGGGUGCACACGGGGGAGCGGCACUGGGAGUGUAGGGAAUAUGGCAAGAGGUACAGGCACAGCUCCCACCUCUACCACCAGUGGGUGCACACCACAGAACGGCCCUACACGUGCUUGGAAUGUGGGGAGAGCUUCAGUGUUCAAUCCACUCUGACCUCCCACCAGAAGGUCCACACUGGGGAACAGCCCCACGAGUGUUCCGAGCGUGGGAAAAAGACUCGGAGCAGUUUGGAUCUCCUCAAGCACAGCACACCAGUGUGCCGAGUGUGGGAAUACCUUCAGGCACAGCUGUAGCUCGACCCAACACAAACAGAGCCACCACUAAGAGAAGCCCUGAGAGUGCCCUGAGUGCGGGAAGAGUUUCCUAUGCUGCUCCAGCUCCAAGCCCCAUGGGAGGAUCCACGCUGGAUGGUCCCCAGUGACCCCCGGUGGGCAGAGCCCAGUGAUCCAUGUUGGGAAGGCACCUGCCUGCGGGCUCCACAUCCUCCUGGGUCCCCAUGGCCUGGGUUUUCUUUUCAUUUCUCUUUGUCCCUUCAAAACACCCAAAACUGGAGUAAAAAAAUAAAGACAUUGAACUAA